ACCUUCUUGCCACUCUCUUUUGAACAUCCUAAACCGAAGACAAACCGAAAUGGCCUCCAAAACAAAGCAAAGGGUCGUAAAUGACAGCAAGAAGCGCAUCAUUAUCAAUGGCUUUGACAUGUUCACACCCAAUCACCUGAGCUUCGGGCAAUGGCGUCGCAAGGGAGAUCGCUCCAAGGACAAACGUCGAGACCUCACGUACUGGACUGAUGUCGCUCAGAUCCUCGAACGGGGCGAUGUGACAUCUUUAUUCCUCGCCGACACCUUUGGGCAGCACGACACGUACAAAAGGAGUGCAGAGCCGGCGGUCAGAACAGCUUGCCAAUUUCCCAUGGGUGAUCCAGCUGUCGUCGUUAGUGCGAUGGCAGCAGUUACCAAGAAUCUAGCAUUUGCAAUUACGACAAGUACAAGUUUUGAGUCGCCUUUCGUGGUUGCAAAGAGAUUCACUACUCUAGAUCAUCUGACAAAUGGACGAUUCGGUUGGAACAUUGUGACCUCGUUCAAGGAGUCGGCCUAUGAAUCUGAUCAGAUAGGCAUCAAGUUCGUCGAGCACGACAAGCGCUAUGAACGAGCAGAUGAUUAUCUCCGUUGUCUUUACAAGAUUUGGGAAAGCUCAUGGGCAGACGAUGCUUUGAAAGAAGAUGCGGAGAACGAAAUUUACGCCGAUUUUAAUCGCAUACGGCCUAUCAGACACAAAUCGGAAGUCCUUGACAUCAAAGGUCCUCACAUCCUGGAUCCUUCGCCGCAGCGGACACCUUUUCUGUUCCAAGCAGGAACUUCCUCUGCCGGCAUGACUUUCGCCGCGACUCAUGCCGAAGGCGUCUUUGUAUCUGCCCCCUCGCCACAUAUCUUGGCCCCGCGCGUCGCAAACAUUCGCGCAACAGCCGCAGCUCUCGGGCGAGAUCCCCAGAGCAUCAAAAUUUUUGCCGUGAUCACUCCAAUCAUAGGGCGCACGGAAGAGGAAGCCCAGGCAAAAUACCAAGAAGCACUGAACUACACGAGCACGGAAGGGGGUCUCACGUUCUACAGUGGAAACGCGGGCAUUGACCUCAGCCAAUAUGAUUUGGACAAAGUCAUCACUCCCGAGGACGUCACGGUUGACGGGCGAAUCCAUUCACUAGUAAAUAGUUUGAAGUAUCAUGGAAACGAUUUACCCGCAUGGACUCCUAGGAAUAUCGGCAAGUUGAUCAGUAUUGGAGGAAAUGGUCCUGUGCCUGUGGGCAGUGUUGAGCGCGUUGCAGAUAUCUUCGAGGAGUGGAUGGACGUCGCGGAUCUGGAUGGGUUUAAUGUUGGGUACGUCACUACGCCGGGAAGCUUCGAAGAUUUGGUGGAUCUACUCAUCCCCGAGCUACGGAGACGUGGAAGGUAUGCUCCCAAAGGCGAGCCUGUGACUUUGCGUGAGAAGGUAUUCGGAAAGGGACAAAGUCGAUUGCGAGAUGAUCACGUAGGAAGCAAGUACAAGUAUGAGAACUAUGUAGAGGAGGAUGCUUGAAAGGUUUAGUAAUACAUCGAGAUGCGUGGACAUUGGGACGAAAU